UGCGCAGACAAUGGCGGCUAUACUCCCAGGUUGUAGUGUGCUGAAAGGUUUCCGUUUUGCCUUGACAAGAUUCUGGUAGGAUCACUCAGUCUGUAUACAUUUAGUUGAUUAUACAUUAGCCUACCCACGGAAAUGAUUGUCUGUGUUCCAAACCAAUAACAAUCGUGUAAAAUAGGCUUUGUUUGUUAGCAGUGUUCUUUCUCCUGGAACACACAUUCUUUAUUUAUUCACUUUAUUAUUUCUUGAAUGAGAUCAUCUAGCCUACUUUUUCAGCCUAAUCUCGACUCGUCCUCCAUGUGAUUGGCUGUCUGUCAAGAGAUUGUUACAUUUGUCGUCAGUCAACACAAGAAGGAGACGGGAAAUCUUGAGGCAUUAUUCUACACAAACAGAUUUUUAAUUUUUACUAGGAACGCCUUCAACACUCCAGUUGUGUCUGUCUGUCAGGGUCUAUGUCCAACAUGACGAAAAAGCUGCUGAUUGAUGUUGACUGUGGAGUGGAUGAUGCCCAGGCAAUUAUGAUCGCUCUCGCCGCCCCAAAUGUGCAGGUCCUCGGCAUCACCUGUGUGCAUGGAAAUACGAUUGUGGAGAACGUCUGCAAGAAUGUCCUGCGUGUCCUUCAAGUUUGCGGUCGGCUAGAGAUUCCUGUGUUCAAAGGGGCCACCAAGCCCCUAUUGGGAAUCUCUGUCAACGCGGGACACUUUCAUGGUGAAGAUGGACUGGGUGACGCUCCUGACCCCAAUGCUCCUGGCUUGGAUCUUCUGCAGAAAGAGGGAGCUGUGGAGGCCAUGAUCCGAAUCGUGAACGAACAUCCAGGCCAGGUGACUUUGGUUGCCACAGCCCCACUCACAAAUCUGGCUUUGGCAAUAAGAAUUGAUCCCUCAAUUUCCCAAAAACUUAAAGGGCUUUACAUUAUGGGGGGGAACACAGAAUCACGAGGUAACACAACAAUCUGUGCAGAGUUCAACUUUGCCUGUGACCCUGAGGCAGCAUAUAUAGUGCUGAACGAUUACCUCUGCCCAACUUACAUUGCAUCCUGGGAAUUCACCUGUCGCAGUAAACUCCCCUGGGAGUUUUGUGAUGACUGGCUGGCCCAGGACACAGAGAAGGCGCGUUUCAUGAAGCGCAUUUUCAAGCACAGCAUGGAGGCUUGCAGCAGUGAGCGGAUUGAGAAGGAGCUGGUGGCGGGCCAGGGCUUCAUAUCUUGCGACUCCUAUGCCCUGGCGGCAGCCAUCGAUGACAAGUUCAUACUUGAAAGUGACGAAGUACCAAUCACUGUGGAACUCUCUGGCAGCUACGCCCGCGGAAUGAUGGUAUUGGACACACUGGACAUACUGAAAAAGACUCACAAAGCUAAGGUCAUGACGAAGGUGGACCUGGAGAAGUUCAAGCAGAUGCUGAUGGACUCUCUAAAAUAAUAUGACCUUAAUUUGUAGAGCCUAUUAUGUUUCAGAUUGUGGCCUUGCAGUUUCUCUAACACAGCCAGCUCUGUCCAAUGUGUAUGGUUGUGGUGAAAUGUGAGAACAAGCACAAUUCAAGAUGUCCAAGCACUUCCCAUAAAUUUUCAAAUGGGAGCAUUCCGUUCACUAGAAAUAAGAUAAUUGAAUCCUUUUGAUUGCAAAUAGUUAUUUCAUUGCAUAAUUUCAUUGCACUAAUUAUGGAUAACUGACCAUCAUGACAUUCACAGUGCUGUAAUUUUAUCUACAUUAAGAGGAACAGAGUUAAUAUUUUUACUGACUUUUUGAUAAGGAGUUUUGCAGAACACAAUAAAUGUAAUUUUACCAUAA